AUGUUUUCUUGUGGCCAGCGAAAAAUUCAAGGCGGAGAGUCGCAAUCUCAGAACCCCUUCCUCUCUCUUCUAAAUGGAUUUGGCUUUUAUGGCACAGGGGUGCUAGGCGCACUCUAUGCACUGACCAGGAAGGAAAAAGCCAUUUCUGAUGAAGCUCUAGAAUCUUCCAACCCGGGUACCAUAUAUAUAUUCGAAUCUGAGCUGCUGAAAGAAAAGGAAAAGCAGAAUAAGCAAGAAAAGGAGGCCAAUGAAGAGCGGCAAGCGCUACUUAACAGACUGAAUUCAACAAAUAUCACUAUAAAAAACCUCGAGGGAGAGGUCCAAAAGGAAAAGAAGUUCGUUGAAGAGCUAAAAGUUGCAAUGGAUAGACUUCAAGUCGACCUCAAGAAAGCUGGAGAGGAGAAGAACAAACUACAAGGGGAGCUGGAGGAGAAGGUGGGCACAGUCGAAGUUCUGCAAGAAAAGACAAACUUGCAGAGUCUGGAGAUCAAGGAUAAAGAAGACAUGCUUCACAAGGCUAGCACUAAACUGGCUGAAACAGAAGCUAGGCUCAAUGAACUCAGUUCUUCAUAUCAACGCUCUCAAAGCGAGCUUGUGGGUUUGACUUCGGAAAACAAAGAACUCAAAAAUGAAAUUCUGAAAAAAGAGAGGGAACUAGAGUCGAGGAAUGCUGUGGUAGAUGGUCUGGAACUGCAGUUGAAUUCUCUGAUUGUUGAAAGAAAUGAGUUGAACAAAAAGCUUGAUGCAAUCCAGAAUGACUACAACAACUUGAAGUCCGCUUAA